AUGUAUCACGCAACCGUGAUGCAACGGCCCCAGGAGGACGAGGAGGACGGGGUGAAGCGUGAGAUGAUGAAUGGAGAAAGUAGCUCGAGCACUCGACCAUACAUCGCUCGGUCUCCCACAACGCAAACAGACUUUCGUCCGCCUUAUUCACCCACCACAACCAACGGUGCAUCGCGCGCUCAAUUCAACAAUCCAUAUCUCCCACCAACACCAGCGCCGCUGCAUAUGCCAGUUCCUGGUCCAACUUCGCCCAUGACCAUAGCUGCUCCGGCAUCUGGGAAUUAUCACAGCGACUAUCACUCCGCUUCGCGCGAGAAGCCUGUCAGCAACUAUUACGAUCCAACGUCCGACUCAAGUGAGAGGCGGCCAUCAGAGGUUGCCGCGCGAGUUGAACCUCAGAUUCAAACUCCUCAGAGUCGAGAGCCUUACACAUACCCGCAAGCAUCCUCCGAGCCACCGAAAUACUACAACGGAACAUAUACCUCUCCAGUGGCCACGACUUUUCAGCCGCGGUCCCCAAUAUCACAUUCUCAUCCACACGCUCGACCCAUAACACAUUCGCCGGGGAUGGCCCCAACAUCGCCUGUUAUGCGACACAAUGGGGCUGGAGUUGGCGGACCAAGUAUAAAGCAGGAGGCGCCAGUGGCCGCGAGUACUCCUACACGACCUGCUGAUCCGAUGGCAUUUUCCAGUAUCCUCUCCAAUGCGGAGCCAGCACCACAACCUACACCUUCUGCUGCUAUAUCGAAACCUCGCAAAGCCGCGAAGCAAUCUCCACCACAACCUCCUGAGCACGAACCAAUCUCGAGAGAUAGCUCUCUCGAACCAUCUCUUGCACCCGCCCCAACCCCCGUGUCGCGAGUACCUGCGAAAAGAAAAGCCAAUGGCGAGGCAAAGAAGCCCUCCCCGAGGCCCAAGCAGCUACAAAAGGAACAGGAGAAGGAAAUCUUGGCUGCCAUGGCAAGGAUAGAGAAGGCCGACGCCGAGGCUGGACAACCCGACCUGACUGGUUUUGAAGAAGACAAGAUGCACUUCAAUGUAAGAAGUACGAAGCGAAAGCUGGACGCCGAGAAAGCUGAGGCUGCUAAAACAAAGCACCGCCGGACUGCUUAUACCGAAAGAAUGGCUUCGAAGCUUGGUAGACACGCCUUACUUGGUGAGCAAAGAUAUCGAGAUAUCCACGCCGAUGAGGCAAUCACUGCGGUUCAGGAGAAAGAAGUGCAGGCCGAGAAGGAGCCCACCAACCUCGAACAGAAGGAAGCAGCUCUGUCCAAAGCGCAGGAGGCAGAAGAUGAGCACGAGAGGCAAAAGUUUAUCAAGGAAGCACAACGAGCCGAGAAGAAGGCACAACAAACCAAGAUGAUCCUCGCUCGAGGUGAUAAGGGCCCAGAAAUCAAAGCUGUAUCUCCUUUGGAACCCAAUUUGUCCGGCGGUAUGAUGUCGACUUUCACAGCCGUGGACCCCGAUCCGCCAAAACUGAAAUCAAAACGCGGGGGCGCACGACUCAGAAAGUCCAAGGAACAGAAGCAGGCCGAGAAAGACUCGGCUGAGGCUGCACAAGCUGCGAUCGAUGCUGGGGAGGAGCCACCACCACCGCCGCCUUCAAAGGAAGACACUCCAAAGUUGCGACUGAAACAUAAGGAAUCCAAAGACCCUCGUGAAGAAGCUCCGGCUGCAUUCGAACCUUUCGUCUCCAAGGGUUACAAUCAAAUAUAUGAUCAAAUAUGGAGAGAUCUUGCGCGAAAAGAGGUCACGAGAGUCUACAAACUUGGCAUAGAAUCCAAUGCGACAAGAGCGUCCAACCUAAAGAAGACGGCUAUCCUCGCAUCGAAAGAGGCCAAAAGGUGGCAGCUUCGAACCAACAAAGGCACCAAGGAUCUCCAAGCCCGAGCCAAACGAGUAAUGAGGGAGAUGAUGUCUUUCUGGAAGCGAAACGAACGUGAGGAGCGUGACACACGAAGAGCUGCUGAGAAACAGGAGAUUGAGAAUGCAAAGAAGGCCGAGAAUGACCGAGAAGCGAACAGACAGAAGAGGAAGCUAAACUUCUUGAUUUCACAAACUGAACUUUACUCGCAUUUCAUUGGCAAGAAGAUCAAAACUGAUGAGGUGGAGCGAUCCACAGACCAUCCUGAUGUUGCUGUCGCUGAUAACAAAAAUUCCACGCACCCUGACCAUGCGGUCGACCUUCCCGAGCAUGGUGCAGCUGUUGCUAAAGUAACUAAUUUCGAGGACCUCGAUUUCGAUGCCGAGGACGAUUCGGUACUGAAGGCAGCGGCAAUGGCAAACGCUCAAAGUGCUAUUCAAGAGGCCCAAAAUAAAGCUAGGGCUUUCAACAACGAAGCACCCGCCAUGGACGAAGAGGGUGAGAUGAACUUCCAGAACCCCGCAGGUAUGGGCGAUGUUGCUAUUGAGCAACCAAAGCUACUUCAAGCCCAGCUCAAAGAGUAUCAGCUUAAGGGUCUCAACUGGCUGGUUAAUCUAUACGAACAAGGUAUCAAUGGCAUUCUAGCAGAUGAGAUGGGUUUGGGCAAAACUGUACAGUCCAUCUCGGUUAUGGCCUAUCUCGUGGAAAAAUAUGGUAUCUGGGGCCCUUUCCUUGUCGUUGCACCCGCAUCAACACUUCACAAUUGGCAGCAAGAAAUCACCAAAUUUGUUCCUAAACUCAAGGUUUUGCCUUACUGGGGUACAGCCGCGGAUCGCAAGGUGCUUCGAAAAUUUUGGGACCGCAAACACAUCACGUACACAGAAGAUGCUCCCUUCCACGUAUUGAUCACCUCGUAUCAACUAGUGGUCUCCGAUGUCAACUACUUUCAGAAGAUGAGAUGGCAGUAUAUGAUUCUCGACGAGGCCCAAGCUAUCAAAAGCUCCGCGAGUUCCAGAUGGAAGAGUUUGCUUGGGUUCCAUUGCCGCAACCGAUUAUUGCUCACCGGUACUCCAAUUCAGAAUAACAUGCACGAGCUGUGGGCUCUUUUGCAUUUCAUCAUGCCCAGUCUCUUUGAUUCUCACGAUGAAUUCAGCGAGUGGUUUUCAAAAGACAUUGAGAGUCACGCUCAAAGCAACACCAAACUCAACGAAGACCAGUUAAAGCGUUUACACAUGAUUUUAAAGCCUUUCAUGCUCCGCCGUGUGAAGAAACAUGUUCAAAAAGAGCUGGGCGAUAAGAUUGAGAUCGAUCUCUUCUGCGAUUUGACCUACCGUCAACGAGCUUACUAUGGAAACCUGAGGAACCAAAUCAGCAUAAUGGACCUGAUUGAGAAAGCAACGAUUGGUGACGACAAUGAUUCUGGAACAUUGAUGAACUUGGUCAUGCAAUUCCGGAAAGUUUGUAACCACCCUGAUCUUUUCGAACGUGCUGAAACAACGUCGCCAUUUUCUUUUGGACAUUUUGCCGAAACUGCAUCAUUCAUGCACGAGAGAAACCAUCCGAUUCUGAAUGUGAGGUAUUCGUCUCGAAACAUGAUUGAGUAUAAUCUUCCUCGGUUGAUCUGGAGGGAGGGAGGACGACUAGAUUUGCCUGGGAAUGACAACCAGAGCCGAGGUUUCCGUGACAAAUAUCUGAACCAGUUGAUGAAUAUCUGGAAGCCUGAGAAUAUUCAUGAAAAUUCGGCGAACAAUAAAGCCUUUUCAUGGUUAAGGUUUUGUGACACCUCCGUCAGCGAGUUAUCGACUGUUGCUUCCCAGAAAAGCAUUUUUACUCGUGCAACAGAUUUAGCUCGGAAGCCUCGAAAACUGGGCGCUCUGAGCAUUGUCUAUGAUGAAGAUGAUGACAAGUCCUUCACACCUGCGCAAGCAAUGUUACAAAUUGUGGACCGUAAAGACCGUAAGGCUCUGGCCGAGGUGACAAAUGAGGGUUAUUUGAACAAGCUGUUCAACGUCUCCAAGGAUGUAUGGGCGGAGUCGGGCAUGGGUCGGCUUGACCAAUGUGGGCGACCAGCGGCGACAGCUCCCCCGAUUGAGGUUGUGUGCUCACAUCCGGGUACUGCUGCAGAGAAAGAAAACAUCAUGUUUAGUGUUUCGAUGCGCAGAGCGCUUUAUGGGCCAUCACCCGUGGAAGAAAAAGCUUUGAUCACAUCGAAGGUCGCUCCAAGCUUCUACCCGCCAGCGAAAAUGCUACCCGCACCUACGUCUGAGAAGCAACGUUUCACUAAUAUUGCCGUCCCAUCAAUGCGGCGCUUUGUGACCGACUCUGGUAAACUUGCCGAGCUUGACAAGCUGCUCUUCAAGCUUAAGGAGGAAGGACACCGAGUAUUGCUUUACUUCCAGAUGACACGUAUGAUUGAUCUAAUGGAGGAGUAUCUGACAUAUCGAAACUACAAGUACUUGCGCCUCGAUGGAUCAACGAAAUUGGAAGAUCGUAGGGAUACCGUUCAUGACUUCCAGACUCGACCCGAAAUAUUCAUCUUCUUGCUCAGUACUCGUGCUGGUGGUCUUGGCAUCAAUCUCACUAGUGCAGAUACUGUCAUUUUCUAUGAUUCUGAUUGGAAUCCAACUAUUGAUUCACAGGCAAUGGACAGAGCUCAUCGUCUCGGGCAAACGCGUCAAGUCACCGUCUACCGUAUGAUCACUCGGGGGACGAUUGAAGAACGAAUCAGAAAGCGGGCUCUCCAGAAGGAAGAGGUCCAAAAGGUCGUAAUGACUGGUGGCAGUGGUGGAGGUGUCGAUUUCAAUACAAGAAGCAAAGAGAAUCGCACAAGAGAUGUCGCUAUGUGGCUUGCGGACGACGAACAAGCUGCCGAGAUAGAACGCAAGGAGGCAGAACUGGCUGCCCAAGAAGCCAAAGAGCCUUCUACCACCAAGAAAGGGAAAGCCAAGAAGAGCAAAAAGGAGACUGGUGGUGGAAGCUUGGAGGAUCUGUACCAUGAGGGUGAAGGCCACUUUGAUGAUGGUAGUAGCAACAGACCUUCGGGAGCCGCCACACCCAUUGCGGCUGCCGGCGAAGCACUCCCUGGAGCGAAAGGAAAGAAGCCUCGAAAAGGCGGCAAAAAAGCAAAAACAGCUAAGCAGAGACUCGCGAUGGCUGAUGGAGAUGUUGAUAUGGGUUAA